GUUGCGUGAUGGUGAUGAUGACGUAAAUCGAAACUUUGCACAGAUGCAAUCUGUAAAGCGUUUCCUGGAAAAUAAAGUCUCUUGAGGUCUCCGAACGGGUGGUUUCAUUUCACAGAAGCCCACCAAAGCCGCACCUGCAAAAUCAUGGCAGUACAACAAACUAUCGUGACAACCCAGCAUCAAGUGUCCUCUGGAACCUGGACCACAGGGAUCUGUGACUGCUGUUCCGAUAUGAGCACCUGUUGCUGUGGCCUGUUUUGUUUCCCUUGCAUGCAGUGUCAGACUGUGUCUCAAUUUGGAUGGUGUUUCUGCAUGCCGUUGUUAGACUGCUGCAUGAUAGUGUCAUGCUGUCUCCGCCAGAAGACAAGAGAGCGAUAUAAUAUCCAUGGUUCAUGCUGUGAUGACUUUUGCACUCUUUGCUUCUGUUAUCCAUGUGCCUGGUGUCAGAUGUCUCGUGAAAUCAAAACUCGUGCCCGUUCUGUCUCUGUGAUCACCCAACAGAUUACCCACAGUUAGAGAUCAUUUCGAUUUGAGUUGCAAAAGUAUGACCAUGUUCUCUUGUUAGGUCUACUUUGUGUUUCUCACAUUUUUAUUUAGAUCUUAUCUGUUGCUGUAUGCACCAAUACACACUUUUUUCUUGCUUUUUUAGAAACUUUAUUCGUAAUGCAGUAUGUACUACAAAUAAUGGUGAAACAAUGGUCAUUUCUGUUUUUUGUUGUAAUUUCAAUUCAUUUUGUAUUGGUACUUGUUUUUAAAUAAAGCCAAAGAGUUCUGAAAA